GUCAUCAAAACUUUUUACUUUUUAGUGCUUGGCCUUUCCAUCUUCUUUCAAUUUCCACGCGUUUCGCUCUCUCCGUCGCCGGAUCAGCCAUGAGCUCCGCCGCCGAUCCCAAGCCCGUCGUCACCGGCUACCCCGUCUCGGCCGCUGGCUACCCCUACGCCGCCCCACCUCCUCCUCCCGCCGUUCACUACUACCCCGCCCCUGCACCGCCUCCCCCGCCAUACCGCUCCAACACUCUCCUCAUCCGCCGACUCAUCGCCGGAGCCAUCGCCGUCUUCCUCGCCGCCGCCGUCGUCACUCUCGCCAUCUGGCUCAUCCUCCGCCCUCGCCUUCCUGAUUUCUCUCUCACCUCCGUCCAUUUCUCACCCCCUUCUCGCUAUGACCUCUCGCUCUCCGUUUACAACCCUAACUCGAAGAUCUCCAUCCAGUACGAUCACGUCACUGCUGCCGUCCUCUACGGCCACGACGCCUUCUCGGAGGUUUCUCUCCCUUCUUUCCAUCUGGGAAAGCGCAAUUCCUCCGUGCUCCACACCCAGCUCGUUGCGGAUGAUGUGGCGAAGGCGAUCGCGGACGAUCAGAAUCGUGGUGAUGAGAGUGCGGGGUUUCAUGUGAGGUUGCUCGCACUGGUGAGGUUCCAAGCUGGGAUUUGGAGGACGGGGAGGCAUGUCAUGAGGGUUUACUGUGAUGAUGUGAGUAUGGGAUUCAAGAAUAAGACUGGUGAUUCAAUGGUCGGCCCUCCAAAGCGCUGCCAGGUUAAUCUCUGAUAACUCUCAGUCUCUCUUCCUCGGCGUUUAAUCUAUGUUAAAGAAUGAUAAUGGAUUUUUUUUUUUAAUGGAAUUAUGCUGUAAUUAGCUGGUGUUGAUGCUAACUGAUACACUGGAAUUUGGUUUCCUUCUAAGGUGAUACUAAAAUUAAGAGCUUUCUGGUAUAUUGUGCACUUCUAUGUGUUUGUGUUUUCAGCUCAUGUGAAAGAUAUACUGCUAUACUUUUGGAGUUAUUUAUGAAUAUGACAUUCGAGACGUGCAAAAUGUUUUGUAAA